CCACUAAAAUAUUGCAUUGAACGAAACGCAAACAAAACGAUAAAAAUGCAAACGCCUUCCACUUGCAUUGACAAAUCGAACCGCAGAGAAAGUUCAGGAAGGAAGAACAACAGGGAGGAUCUUCAGGGAGGAUAGGUGGAGCGGGCUAUAAAAACUCGCCGAACAAUUUUGAAUGCAUCAGACAAGGUUUUCGUGUCCAUCGACUAAAAAAAAUACCACCUACCAUAUACGUAAAAUGUUCGCCUGCAGCAAAGUUAUUUUCGGGCUAGCCUACCUAGUCAUGUCACAAGCUGGAUAUUUGAACGGGGGUCUGGAGGAAAGUUACGGAGGUGGCGGUUUCGAAGGAGGCCACAGUAUCGGCCUUCAAGGAGGGUAUGAAGGCGGUCAUGGCGGAGGACACGAAGACAUUUAUGAACACCCUAGAUAUAAAUUCAACUACGCCGUCCACGACCCGCACACCGGUGAUGAAAAACAGCAAUACGAGGAACGAGAUGGCGAUGACGUUAAAGGGUCGUACUCGCUGAAGGAAGCCGACGGAACAACGCGAGUCGUCGAAUACCAGGCUGACAAACACAACGGUUUCAACGCGGUCGUUCACAAAAUCGGCGAGCCAAAACCUCACCUAGGAGGCUCCGGCUUCGAAUCCGGGUACGGCGGCCAUCACUAUUAGAGAGAAGAAUUAUCAGUAAGAGUCGAAAGUCGUGAUAGAUGGUAGAACCUUUCUAGAAAAUCCAAGUACUGUAUCCUGUAUAUAUAUGGUUUCAAUAAUCUAGCAUCAAAUCUCGAUUAUGUAGUCACCCUCUAAUACUAUGCAGCCAUACAGGGUUACAAAGCUCAAAAUUUUCAAUAUCCUGGAAUCAAAUCAAAUCUAGUUCCUCAACCUGUAUGCAAUCACGUAGGGAUUCAGAGUUCAAAUUUUUUGUUAUCUAUAUGUUGAAACGGUACCUGUAGUACUAUGAAGCUAUUUUGGGAUUCAUAGUACACUACUAUAUCACAGUAUCAAAUCACUGCACAAAAAGUUCAAAUUAUAGUUCCUUUAACGAAAGGAAUAAAUAAGUAUUCGACACAUAUAUAAUAUUAUACUAUAUGCUACAUAUAAUAUAAUAUAAUAAAUAUUGAUCAUUAUAUACUGAUGAAAUGACAUAUUCAACCUACAUGAAUCACAAAUAAACACACCUAGAUGUUUGACAAUCGACAAGAAGUCAUGGAGCUCAAUUUUGCUCUGGCGAAUACUUGUUACCUGUCAGUAAAUAUAUAAAUACUUCCUUAAAAACAGAAUGUUCAUAGAAAACCUUGUGGGACAUCGACUCACAAUUAAAAUUUUUUGACAAAUGUUAUAACUGUACCAACGACUUUCGACUGUUGCGAAGAAAAAAACCUUGUGAUAAUAUUAAUUUGUAAUACUCUACUUCCUAGAUUUAUUUUUGUACUUUUGAAACAAUAAACAAAUAGCACGAGAAAUAAUUUGAAU